AUGGCGGCGGGGCUGUGGCGGCGCGGGGCGCUCUGGGCCGCGCUGCUGCUGCUGGCGGCCGGGCAGGAGCCCUGGCGGCAGCUGAUCCAGUGGGAGAACAACGGGCGCCUCUACAGCCUGCUCAACAGCGGCGCGGAGUUCGUGCCCGCCGGGCAGGAGCGGCCAGCGGGGAACCGCCUGUGGCUAGCGGGGACCGCGGGGACAGCGGGGACAGCGGGGACAGCCGGCAGCGUCCGCCGCCAGGCCCCCGCCUCGGGGACAGUGCGGGGACAAGCGCGACAUCCCUUCGGCUUCGGCCAGGUGCCGCCCAACUGGCGGGACGGCCCGCUGGGCGACAGCGCGGGGGGACAGCGGCGACAAGCGGCGCGUGGCCGCCAGGCGACCGCCACGGGCUCGGGGGUGGCCGUGUCCUCGUUCGCCUUCGCCUCGGCGGGACAGCCGCCCUUUGUCGCCGCGGGGGUGGCCACGCACGGGGAGCGCCACGAGGGUGUCCCCGCGUCGAGGAGCGCGGUGGGGACAGCGAUGGGGACAGCGAUG